UCGCUCUCUAUCUCCUCCUGUACUAUCCCUCCUUUCUUCUCCGGCCGCGCGCCGCCCGGCCCACCUGCAGCCAGCGAGCCCGGCCCGGUCCUUCUCGCUCUAGGGUUUUGGUUGCCACACAGAACCCGGCCGCGACUCCCCCAAGCAUGUCGGCGCCGCCGCUGAAGGCUUCGGCCACCGCCGCCACCAUCGUCGCGGCGGCGGCCGCGGCCCACCGUGCUACCGCCGCCGCCGUCCCGUGCGGCGCGCCCCGCGCCCCGCCGCGGCGCUUGCGCUGCUCUGCAACCGGCGCCGUCGAGGUGCACGCUCCGAUGGAUUGGGGGACGAGGUCGCUGGAGGAGAUGCAACGGGCAGAGGACUUCGAAUCGUUCUGCCUGAUGGGGCUUUCGCCGCUGGAUGGGCGGUACGAGCGUUUCAUCAGGGACCUGAAACCCUUCUUCAGUGAGUUCGGCCUCAUCAGAUAUAGGGUCAUCGUUGAGGUAAAGUGGCUACUGAAACUAUCCCAAAUCCCUGAGAUUACUGAGGUGCCUCCAUUCAGUGAGGAGGCCCAGUUAUUCUUGAAUGCGAUUAUCGAGGAAUUCGGCAUUGCUGAUGCUAAGGAAGUGAAGAAAAUUGAGAGAAUAACCAACCAUGAUGUGAAAGCUGUUGAGUACUUCCUCAAGCAAAAAUGCAGCUCAAAUCCAGAGAUUACAAAGGUGUUGGAGUUCUUCCAUUUUGGGUGUACUUCUGAAGAUAUCAACAAUCUGUCACAUGCAUUAGCUCUAAAAGAGGGGGUAAAUACAGUUAUGUUCCCUGUUAUGAUCGACAUAUGCAAAGCUAUGUGUUCCUUGGCAACACAAAAUUCAACCAUCCCCAUGUUGUCUCGAACUCAUGGACAGCCAGCAUCACCAACAACUCUGGGAAAAGAGAUGGCAAAUUUUGCCGCCAGACUGUCAACUAUAGGAAAGAGUUUUUCUGAGGUCAAGAUACUGGGGAAAUUUGCUGGAGCUGUUGGAAAUUACAAUGCUGAUGUGGUUGCAUAUCCGGAAGUUGACUGGCCUAAGGUUACGGAAGAGUUUGUUAGAUCAUUGGGCUUGGAGUUCAAUCCUUAUGUUACCCAGAUUGAGCCUCAUGACUAUAUAUCAAAGCUCUUCAAUCUAUUUGUUCAGUUUAACAAUGUUUUGACUGAUUUCGACAGAGACAUGUGGACCUAUAUAUCACUAGGCUACUUCAAGCAGAUAGUAAAGGCUGGUGAAGUUGGAUCUUCCACAAUGCCUCACAAAGUCAAUCCCAUCGAUUUUGAAAAUAGUGAUGGCAAUUUGACUAUAGCCAAUGGUACAUUGUCUUCUUUAAGCAUGAAGUUACCAAUAUCUCGGAUGCAGCGCGAUCUCACAGACUCAACUGUUUUGAGAAAUUUGGGUGUUGGAUUAGGGCAUUCACUCUUGGCUUACAAAGCUACAUUGCGAGGAAUCAAGAAGGUUCAGGUGAAUGAAUUCCGGUUAUCUGAAGACUUGGAUCAAACAUGGGAGGUCCUUGCAGAGCCAAUACAGACAGUGAUGCGAAGGUAUGGAAUCCCCGAACCAUAUGAGAAGCUGAAGGAAAUAACCAGAGGGCAGGCUGUUACCAAAGACAGCAUACGGCUAUUCAUUGAAGGUCUAGACCUGCCAGAGGUGGCACGAUCGUCUCUUCUGAAGCUAACACCGCAUUCUUACAUCGGUGAGGCAGAAAAAUUGGCCAGAAAUAUCGAGGAGUUGGUUGAUCUAAAAUCUGGAUUUAAGAUUGAGUGAGCUAGGUAAUCCUCCCCCAAUUUUUGACCAGAACAGGAAGAAUAACGUGCCAAAAAAAACGGCUAUGUUGAGGGUGAACACCCCAAUUGUGUCGUGCACCUUUAA